GAUUUAUAUGUUAUUUGUAUUUGGUGUUACCAAACGCAGCCUUAGCAAUUGUCCAAAAGGAGGAAGAAGAGCGACAUGGCGUCGGUGGUGAAGAAUGUUCUGAAAUCGAUCAGAGAAAAGGGUUUCGGUACUUUCCUCAGAGAGCUUAAGGAUGAAGGCUACCUGAGAUGCCUUCCGGAUGGAAAUCUCUUGCAAACCAAGAUCCACAAUAUUGGGGCAACGGUUGUUGGUGUUGAUAAAUUCGGUAACAAGUAUUAUGAGAAGCUUGGAGACACACAGUAUGGAAGACACAGGUGGGUUGAAUAUGCAGAGAAAAGUAGGUAUAAUGCCUCCCAGGUUCCGCCUGAAUGGCAUGGCUGGCUCCACUUCAUAACUGAUCACACAGGAGAUGAGCUUCUUCUACUGAAACCGAAAAGGUAUGGUGUUGAACACAAAGAAAAUUUGUCUGGAGAAGGUGAACAGUAUAUCUAUCAUUCGAAGGGACAUGCCCUUAAUCCAGGGCAGAGAGACUGGACCAGGUACCAACCAUGGGAGUCCAAGGCCUGAACCGUCAAUAUGGGGCAGCUCAGUUGCAGAUGUCCUGGAUGUUUGUUUUUUUAAUUCUCAAGAAUUUUUUUUGCCUUAAGUUAAUGAGGUGGAAAGCUGCUUUUUCCUUUUUUAACAAUUAACAAUAAAACGAAUUAUUAGUGUUGAAAACAGACAAAUUCGCAUUGAACUUCAAAAUCUUUUAGUAUAAUGUAUGCGAUCGUGUUAAAAAAGGAUAUGCUCUUAUUUGCAACGAUA